AUGUCCACUCCAGCUCGCAGACGUUUGAUGAGAGAUUUCAAAAGGCUUCAGGAAGAUCCACCAACCGGUGUGUCCGGUGCACCGACCGAUAAUAAUAUUAUGAUCUGGAAUGCUGUGAUUUUCGGACCGCACGACACACCUUUCGAGGAUGGUACGUUUAAGCUCACGAUAGAAUUCACCGAGGAGUACCCCAACAAACCGCCCACGGUUAGGUUCGUGUCGAAGAUGUUUCAUCCGAACGUAUACGCCGACGGUGGAAUUUGUUUGGAUAUAUUGCAAAACAGAUGGAGCCCCACAUACGAUGUGUCGGCUAUUUUAACAUCAAUUCAGUCGUUACUGAGCGAUCCAAAUCCAAACUCGCCAGCCAAUUCGAUGGCGGCGCAGCUCUACAAAGAAAACCGCCGGGAAUACGAGAAACGAGUGAAAGCCUGCGUCGAGCAGAGUUUUAUCGACUAGCCCCGUUCCCGUUGCUGUCUUAGUCCUAACCGUCUUCGCUCUCGCUGUCGUCACCAUCACCAACGCCCUCAUCGUGUCGCCUUUCGCUUUG